AUGGUGCGUCUAGGCGUGAAACAAGACAGGAUCGUCAUUCUUACCCAAUAUCGCCUCCAGAGGGCGCAGAUCAAAGACAGGCUGAAGAAAGCCAACAUGAAAGACAUCCUCGUCAGCACUGUCAAAACCAGUCAAGGUAAGGAGUGGGACUACGUGAUUCUGUCUACAGUCAGGUCACUUCCACGGGUAGAAAUUGACGAGAAAGCAUCCACAGCCUGGAAGAUACGCAACCUGGGAUUUAUCACAGAUGAGAAUCAGAUCAAUGUCGCCAUCACCCGGCCAAAAAUGGGAUUGAUCAUUCUAGGCAACAAGUACUUACUUAGUGUUCACCGCACAUGGAAGCUUCUACUGGCCCAUUACGAAGAGAAGGGAGCUUUGGUGAACGCAAAGGACUUCCUACCUUAGACUGUGAACGGGAACAGCUAAAACGUUGCAACAGCAAAUAAAACGUUGACAGACAUUGUUAUUACUUUCCUGCAUUAGAUUAAAAAAUAUAUCGGUAUUAAUGAGAUGGGCAAGUGUGGUUUCUUAUGAAAAACA